CUGCCGAGUAUGUGGUCACACUAGGUACACGUAGAAAACAAACAGACAAGGGUUUUUAUUUAAAACCAAGCGCAAUGCAAUAGUUUCCGUGUGAUAAGCAGCAGCUAGCAGACCCAUCAAACGGGUAAACACACCUCCCAUCCGCCACCAGACCUAGGGCGCACGGAAAUCCGCAGCCGGACAUCGAAGGGAACGGACUGCAUUCCGGGAAUUCCAGAGCGAGGAAAGGAAAGGGAAUAAAAUGCUGGGUGGAAAACGAACUGGUACACGGCAUGUGGCUGUGGUGUUGAUGAUGUGCCUUUUUUGGUACGUGAUCUCCUCCAGCAACAAUGUAAUCGGAAAGAUGGUCCUCAACGAGUUUCCCUUCCCAAUGACCGUGACAUUGGUCCAACUGUGCAGCAUUACGCUCUACAGUGGGCCGUUCUUUAAUUUGUGGCGCAUACGAAAGUAUCAGGAGAUCCCCCGCUCCUACUAUUGGCGUCUAAUCGUACCUCUGGCCGUGGGCAAGCUGCUGGCCUCGGUCACAUCGCACAUCUCACUGUGGAAGGUACCAGUUUCCUACGCGCACACGGUCAAGGCCACCAUGCCACUGUUCACCGUCAUCCUGACCCGUCUCUUCUUUGGGGAGAAGCAACCAACGCUCGUGUACCUGAGCCUGCUGCCCAUCAUUACGGGCGUGGGCAUUGCCACCGUAACGGAGAUCUCCUUCGACAUGAUGGGCCUGAUCAGCGCCCUAAUCUCCACGAUGGGCUUCUCCAUGCAGAACAUCUUCUCUAAGAAGGUACUCAAGGACACCAACAUCCACCAUCUGCGGCUGCUGCACCUUCUCGGAAAGCUGUCGCUGUUUAUUUUCCUGCCACUCUGGCUGUACAUGGACAGCUUCGCUGUUUUCCGACACACCGCCAUCAAAAACCUAGAUUACCGGGUAAUUGCCUUGCUCUUCGCCGAUGGAGUCCUCAACUGGCUGCAGAACAUUAUCGCCUUCAGUGUGCUCUCCCUGGUCACCCCGCUCACCUAUGCGGUUGCCAGCGCCUCAAAACGUAUCUUCGUUAUCGCCGUGUCCCUGCUGAUCCUGGGCAACCCAGUGACAUGGGUUAACUGUUUGGGCAUGACGCUGGCCAUCGUUGGCGUACUCUGCUAUAAUCGUGCCAAGCAGAUCACCAAGGGCAGAGAACCGCCGACGCUGCCGCUGUCGCAAACCAGCCAUGUGAAGUACGCCCCGCUGGAGCAGCAUCAUAAUCGUGAUCCCUAUUAUAGGGGAUCCGUGAACGGGAAGCUAACCAACGGCCUGCAGCAAAAGUCGGCGGGAAACAGCCUGCUGGCGAACGGAAGCGGGAUGCCCAGCGGAACGGCCACGCGGCUGCUCUUUGUCUAGUUUGUAGUUAGCGAAUCUGUAUAUCAAUCCCAUAAGCGGGUCAGCAGCAGUUGUAUUCAAACCCUGACCACCACCGCCCAAUCCCUGACAACUCCCCCAUCAGCCACGACCCCCUGUCUCUCUUCGUCCCCCUAGCUGUGUAAAUAUAUAGCUUAUAUUUUUAACUGAAGAGGCGCAAUUCGGAAUUUACAAAGACACAAUGAAAUAAUGAUAUUGGAACUUUUUGAGUUGCUAUGUAUUAUAUUCUAAAAGGUAAAUUAAUUCCAAUUGCAUUGAAAAAUAGUUAUCUAAGAUUGUAUAUUUUUCUUUGCAAAAAAAAAAGAAACAAGACGACACUAAAUAUAUUGACAUGAAUGAUUUUUCAUAUGAAAUAUUCGAAAGCUUCGAAAA